AUGAACCUCGAUGCGAUGCUUUCGGUAGACAGCCAUUGGAUCGAUGCGGAGCUGGUGGUUGUGAUUCGGCCCUAUGUGACAGAUCCAGAUGGCAGGAUAGCAUUGGUGAAGCUGGCAAGGGACGGGUAUCUUGCAGAAGUUGUGAACCUCCUCGAAAGGUUCAACGUCGCCAAGGGCUUCGGCUUUGUGGAGCCCUUGGACGAGGCGGCCGCCGUGCUGGAGGGCAAGGACCUCUUCAUGCAUCGGAAUCAGAUCUUCACAGGAGAAGCCGAGGGCGCGGAUGGGGCAAGCCCCGCGUCCCUGCAGGCCGAAGAGGUGGUCACCUUCCGCCUCGGUCAAACCGACGACGGGCGCAUGUGUGCCGUCGGGGUGAAAAGAGCGGAGGAGGGUGAUGGCGAGGCCGAAGAUGAGGCUGCCGACGCCGAGCCGGCGGAUGACGCGGAUGACGGGUCCGAGGCGUCCUCGGUAGAGAUCGACCUGGAGGAGGAGCUGAAGUGUGGCUUCCACCAGGACAAGGCGGAGAGCCACGAGACCUGCGAGGACUUUGUGGUGGACAAGGUGAAGCUGCCCAUCAACGUGCUGGGCGAGAGCGCCACCUGCGUCUUCUUCGGCGUCUUCGACGGCCAUGGCGGGCCGUACUGCGCGGAGCACGUGUCCACCCACCUGGGCAAGAACAUCCUGGCGCGGCUGCGGGACCGCGCCAGGAACGUGAGUGAUGAGGUGGCGGUGAAGACGGCGCUGCUGGGGGGCUUCAAACAGACGGAGCACAACUACCUGCAGCACGCCAAGAAGACGGACGACAGUUCCGGCAGCACUGCUUGCACCAUGACGGUCUUCGGGCCCGACGAGCAGAUGCGGCUGCGCCUCUUCCUGGCGAACUGCGGCGACUCCCGGGCAGUGCUCUGUAGCAGCGGCACAGCGUUGCGCUUGACAGAGGACCACAAGCCGAAUCUCCCGGCCGAGAAGAAGCGCAUCGAGGCUGCGGAUGGGGGUGUGGUGGAGGUGCAGGGCGUGUGGCGUGCAGUGCUGCCCCAGAAGAAGCGCCUCCUGAGCAAGAUCGCGGGCCUGGCGGUGUCCCGAAGCUUCGGGGACAAGGACUUCAAAGGUCCGGACAUUGUCAGUGCAGAGCCAGAGAUCACCGUGCACGAGGUGGACUGGAAUGAGGAUGAGUUUGUCAUCCUGGCCACCGACGGCAUUUGGGACGUGCUCAGCGACAAAGAUUCGGUGGCCUUGGUGCGCCAGCACUUGCAGCAGGGCACCGAGGAGAAGGCCGCUGAGGCGCUGGUGAAGCGCGCCCGGGACAAGGGCAGCCACGACGAUUGCACAGCGCUGGUCGUACGCUUCGCCUGGGCGAAGUCUGGUCAGGCCAAGCGGGAAGGGGCGUCCGAUUUGUUGGAGGCGAGGCAGGCCAAGAUCCAGGAACCCCACGUGGUGAUCACCUUUUGGAGGGCCCAGCCCUUUGGGAACGCAUUUUGGUACAUCAGGUGCUACGACACCGGCAAGCUCGCCGAGCACCUGUCGAAGGCCAAGAGGGGCCCCGCCUUCUGCGACCCCCCAGGGAACGUCUUCUACACCCCGGCCCCGGGAGGUUUCAGCUGCUAUGGGGAGCAGACUUUGGCGCUGCUCGAGUCCCUGGUGGAGUGCGGGAAGUUGGACUGCGAGGACUUCGCCAAGCGCCUGGAGGCGAAGUUCGGGAAGAGCAGCCCCUACGAGGUGGAGGCGGUGGACCAGGAGAACUGGCCGGAGCUCAAGAAGAACCCCACGGACGAGUCUGGGCAAGUCAUCGAGUCCGAGCGGAAGUGGUCCAUGCCUUUACCUGGACCCUGGCGCCACGGGUCCAUCAAGGGGUUCCUCAAGAACUACGUGACCGACAAGAAGGGCUUCCCGGAGUGUGGCUCCAGUGACGAGCAGGUGGACGGGGUUUGCAAGGUGGCGCCCGUGGCGGCCCUCUUGGCGGGCAAGGAGAGCAUGUUGCCGUCCGUGGACGCGGCCGUGCGCGUGGUGCAGAACACCGACAAAGCGGCGGCCUUCGCCUGUGGCUUCGCCCGCGUCUUGGAGAAGUUGGUGCUGGGCGCGGAGAGUGUCUCGGACGCCAUCUUCGCAGCCCAGGCGGACCUGGCGGACCCAAAGCGAGCCUUCAAGACGGCGCUGGACGCGGAGGUGUCGGCACACCUGGGGCGGGUGGUGGGGGAGUUCGCGGAGCUGCCCAUCCUCGAGGUGGGCGCGAAGCUGAAGCCGGCGGAGGUGGCCUUUCCCUUCGCCGGGCUGAGCUGA